UGAACUCGGUCGAUAUGGUAGGGCAAAAUCCUUCUAUACAGUCAUUCUUCCCUCAACGCACCUCUCCACUCAAAAGGUUGCCCCAAAAUCCUUCACCACCGCCGGGCGAUGGAUUUACCACAGAAGAGCUUGAGACCACAAUGGUCCAAGCACCGCAAGAUCACUGGAUCCCACCCACUGACUAUGACGAGUAUGAGAUUGAUUCGCUUGUGCCAGGACCAAAUCGAGUCAAGGUUGUUGGCCGGAUUGUCAACCUGUUCGAAAGCUCGCCCAGAGCAAAGCUGCCAAAUGCAGCUAAAGGAGCCGUCCACCUUGUGAUCAAGGACACUACAGGUGCUGUUACUAUCAGAUUUUCUUACACUCACAUACCGUACGGACUACAGAUUGGUCAACUUGUCGGCGUCUGGACCACCUAUGUCGCGAACGGAGAUCGAGGCAUCUUUCCCUGUGCAGUCGCACCCAUGUACAUCAGAAUCUUUCCAGAGAUGGAUAGGAACUGCCAUAUUCGUCUACUGGACGGUCCAGAAUUCACCCAAGUUUGCAGAAAGCCACUGAACUACGAAUCAACUCUCAUGUCCCUGAAGGACUUCAUUCAGGGCGGAUUCGAGGUGACGGAUGCCAAAAUCCUGGUCAUUGUCAAGAGCGUUGGUACCCGCAAGAGAGUCGCCAAGAAGGAUGGAGCUACAGCCGACCUCGUGAAAGUCGGCGUGAUGGACGACACGAGCGAAGCAGUACUGUCAUUAUGGGGUGUCACUUCAACAAGCACAAUGGAUUGGCAGCCAUCACAAACUGCACUGUUGAUCUCGAGUCCAGGCCUGAACGUCUCGCAUCAGACUUGGUUAGCCUUGACAUCCAACACUUUCAUUGAUGUGGACCCCAAUAUCCUGGAAGCAGAAAGGCUUAGGGCGUUUGCCGGAAACAUGAUCAAAAGACAGCAUAUCAAUCCAGCUUUUCCUGAAGAAGUACUCGAGGACGAGUUUGAUGGCUAUUUGAGUAUGAUAAUCAUGGAUCUCAACAUGUCUACUCUGCGACAACAGAACAUGCUCAUGUGCAAUGAAUGGUAUGUUCCAUAUAGUCAGUUGCAUGGGUACUCGAUUGCUAACGGAUGGGUANGUUGUGGCAUUCCACUGUAUGCGAAUUUGACAGUGGCCAAAUGUAAGCAUUGUGAUGAGCGAGUGACAUUGAGAGUCAACCCAAAACUAAUUGGCAAGCUAGUCGACGAGAGUGGAUGCAUCUUGAGUGGCAAGCUUGUGCUGUCUGACCACGCGUGGACACGUCUUCUGGGGAGAAGUGCCGAGGAGAUGGUCCAAAGCAGUGCAAAUACGCUGAAGAGCGUAGAGCAGCGAAUGCUAUACGUACGUAUCACGUUGCGGUUCUGGUGGAGUGCACGCGUUGGCAAGCUCGUCAUCUCGGACAUACUCGAG